AUGGCGAGAGUGGUGUUAAUGUGGUUGAUUUCUUCAAUUGUCUUAAAGUGGGUGAUGUGCUUCGAAACCGAUCGGAAAAACGUGACGCAAGUUUGCCUUAAACAUGUGAUUGAGGAAAUGUUUGGGACCAAUGAAACCAUCCACUUUCUUGUUCCGGAAGAUUUCGCCUACCACUCGAUCUACGAGGUUCCCAAUCCGAAGAUUGUCGUUACGAUUAAUUCAGAGAUACAUGAAAUUCCUUCAAAUGCGGGAAGGAACUUUGUAAUACACGCGGAAAAUUGGUAUUCUUUGGAACUUGCGUUAGAGUACCUGAAUCACAGUUCCAUUUGGAAUGGCACUUGGUCUCCAGUAGGUAAAUUUUUACUAUUCACUAACGAAAAAAACGCGUCGGUUCUGUUUCAAACUUUAUGGCGUUACAAAUUGGUUCGUUCCGUGGUAGUGCUUUCAGAAGAGAGCAAUCCCGUUCCGGAACUGUACACAUCAAACCCUUACAUCGAAGGUAACCAGUGCGGAGCAAACCCGACCAAAUUUGACAUUCAAAGCUGUGCAGUAAGACCAAGGCUGAGGGACGCGAUUAAACCAAUUUUGACUUCAUACGGAGCGUGUGAGGUGGAGUACCAAUUACGAUCGCCGAAAGAAUCUGACCUGCGAAUUGAAUGGCGCGAAUAUGCGGAGUUGGUUGUUGACUUUUUGAAGGAGAGGAUGAAUGUGAGUAUCGUAGGAUAUCCGCCUUCGUUAAGAUAUCCACUAAAUAUCAGAAUACGUUUCUACGCUACAAAUCGAUGGCCAUACAACAUCUCUCCUUACCAAGAGACGAGGGUGACGGUUACAGAAAAUUUCAUAUGGCUUGUACCUAAACCAGAUCAAAUUUCGCCCCUGAAAGUUUAUUUUAUCGUUUUUAAGUAUUCAGUCUGGAUAUUAAUAAUUUCGUGCCUGCUUUUGAUUAGUGUACUUUGGUGGGUUACGUUUGGUUUCUCCAGUAGUUUCUCGCGCCCUUUGCUUAACGUAUUUUCCAUUACCUUAUGGGGUAGUUACGCGUCUGUACCGAACGUAAAACCACUCAAAUUGCUGUUACUGCUGUAUAUCAUCUACAGCAUUCACAUACAAACUGCAUACGUGUCGCUUUUGUACAAACUUCUGACAAUUCCCCAGUAUGGCAAAGGAAUUGAAACUUUACCAGAACUGGCCGAUUCCCGUUUAACUAUUUAUUCACAACCUCGAUUAAUCCGUGCAUACAUGUAUCAGAACAUAUCCGACUACGCUCUUUAUACGAGAAUACAAAGUCAGCUUGAAAAAAACCAUGUUAAAGCGAGUAACCCCUUGAAACCGGGUGACAACUACGCCUCACUCAUAACCGAAACAACCUUCAAACAAUUCCAAGUCAACAGCAAAACCAUAAUGACCAACAAAAUAAUUGACAAUUGUCUGACGGGACCCGUCGAGUACGCAUUCAUGACACUGAGAGGACAUUACUUUAAAGAAACCUUAAAUCACAUCAUUAUCGGUCUCGCUGAAAGCGGUUUGGCCGAAAAACUCCGUCGGGACGUGAACUACUUCAACGAAAAAAAUCUCCUCAAGUUCGAGAAGAAUUACGACGCGAAACCGCUCACCCUAGGUCAACUUUACGGAAUUUUCGUUAUAUGCGGCACGCUCCUGGCUUUGUCAAUGGUGGUUUUUUGCAUUGAAGUCGCUGUAGGGAAACGAAUGAAGCAAAGGCAAAUUGAAUACAGAAAUUAA